GCCUGCCAAGGCCAAGCUGUUGGAGCUGCGGCUGCAGCGGGAUGCGGAGCGCGAGGCGCAGCGGCGGGUGAUUGCGGUGCAGCGAGAGCAGCGGCGGGCGGUGGCGGAGCGCAGGAACCACGAGGCGGCACUGGCGCUCAAGCAGCGGGCGGCGGAGAGGCAGCGGGAAACGGAGCGGCAGCUAGCCGAGCAGCGCGCGGAGGUCGAGGCCAAGCAGCUCAAGGCGCAGCAGCUGGCGGCGCAGAUCAAGAGCAGGGAGGAGGCCCGGCGGCGGGAGGCUGAGGAGGCGGCGCAGCACAUCUCGGCGCACCGGGAGCACCUGCGGGCGGUGCGGCCGCGGGUCAACAAGGAGCAGCUGGGG